AGAGCUGGGCAUACAGCAGCAGCAGGGUCGGGGUGUGGAAGAGACGGUGCUGCUCCUCCCCAGUGUCUCUCUCCACCUCUGGCGCUGUAUCCAGUCACUAGUAACACUCACUCACACACAGUGCACUUCAGUGCUGCUGCCGAGUGUCAGCUCCCGGUCUUCUGGUGACUGUGUGUAGCGCACUCUCUCACUGUGCCUCCUCCAUUCAUCCUUGUUUGCGGUCUAUUCUGCUCUUCGGCCGGUGCUUGGAUCAUUGUACAACUACUAUAGACAGGUUUGUGAAGGAGCCACAAUUUGUUCUGCAUAUUGCGGAGCACAAGAUGAGAGAGGUGGUUCUGGCUCUAACAUGCAUCGAGGCAUCACACUAACCAAUCAGGGCUUGAGAAUGUCUGUGUGCAACGAAUUUGUGGAACACAUUUGGAAACCUGGAUCCUGCAAGAACUGCUUUCACCCAAAGAGUGACCACCGAAAGCUUCAGACAUCCUCUGAUGGAAAAAUAGGCAACCUGCCAGUCCUGCCUAGUCUUAAUGGGAUUAGGAUCAAGUCGGAGAACACAAACCAAGAUGAUGAGAUUGUAACUGCUGCUCUGUAUUCCAAGCCCACCAUAGCAGUAAAACCAACCAUGAUUACAUCAGAUACUGCUGAGGGGUGGGCUGAGAUGAACAGCAGUGAAACACCAACACAGGUCAGUUGGAAAGUAUCUUCAAUGAGCAAUUCAGUCCUGAAAUCUGAGGAUAUUUCAAUGGUUAUUCUAGAUAACUUCAGCAAACAUUUCAGCCAUGAUUAUUGCUCCUCGAGUGAUACAUCAAAAUAUUUAUUCAAUGGUACGACAAGUCCUGAUAAGAAGAUUGAGAUAAAUGCUGUGAAUAAUUUAACGUAUGUGAGUCACUUUGAUGUUCAGGCUGACAAAGCAGUGUUCCUCAAGGACAAGUUGAGAGCACCUCAGGAGGAAGAUUUCCAGGUAUCAAAACAAAAUGAUGGGGAUACUGAGAAACUGAACAGCCUCCAAGAAGAAUCUGCCUUGCUUUCUUUAAAGAGUAGCAGUGCUUACUGCUCAGGAACCCGACCUGCCCCAGACAGGCCAUCCUCUAAAGGAAGUUUUCUUAGCAAAGACAGUGCAGUUUGUGUAGCUUCUGUCAAAACAGGAUUGUGCAAAGAAACCAGGUCUGAUGAUACAAACUGUUAUAAAUCAGAUGUGAGAUCUAGUAAGAGCAUGUACGUCAGUAGAACUAAAGUAUCGCUUCAUUCUGAGUCAGAUAACCUGUCAGAGACUCUGUCAUGUAUUGGUAUUAAAGACAGUCCUCUUGCGUCACCAACUAUUGCAGAUUCCCAGACUAAGUUUCACUCCUCUACUGUACCUGAUGAUGGAAGAAACAAUGAACCUAUUUAUGCUGAAAGCACUAAAAGAAAAGGUGUUUCAGGCACAGGGACGAAAACUGUAUGGCACACGGAGAAAACCAGCGCUAAACAGGAGGGUAAUCAGUGUUCUGUCAGCAAUAGCAGGAUGAUACAAGAAUCCACAACACAUGUUGCUGCUAGGAUAACCGUCAUGGCUGCCCAUACAGAAGAAGACAACCGAACAAUUUACCUGAGCAGCCCAGAUUCUGCAGUUGGGGUUGAAUGGACAUGCACUAGUCCUUCAUCUGCAGAGAAUGGGAGUCUCUCACCUACUUUUCUAUGGGGAGAAAGGAGCCAAAGUAAAUCAGUUGAUGUGAAUAGAAGGUACCAGACUUCAUUAUCACAUAAAUAUCAAUGUAACACCAGCCAUGUUGUGCCUCCUAAGGUUACCCAAUCGGAGGAGUUGAAUAGCUUACGUCUGACUUUGCCAACACACACUACUGGGAUCUUAUCCUCCAUCUCUCAUAAAAAGGACUCCCAAGAGCUGACUGACAGGUGCCUGCCUGCAGGAGAUCGUAGACAGAGGCUCAACCAUGCAAUAUGGAGCCGGCAGUGCAGGAUUGAUGAGGAAGAGGAGGAAGAAGUGUCAUCUAGCUCACUGCAGUCAAGUACCUGUGCUGUAGGCAAUGGUCAGCCUGUUUCAUCCAUCACUACUAAUUGUAGCUAUGAAGAGAGAGACAAGUUGGAUGAACUGAGAGGUCAGAAAGGUAUGAGUAAAUCUGCCUCUUGUCCUGUUGAACUCUCAAAAAUAAAUAAGGAAGUUGAAGACUCGAGUCAGCCACCACCACCUCCUCCACCGAAAAAACAGAGCAGGCAUCAUAAAAUGAACAAAAGUAGCUCUGAACUGGAGAAUAUGAGCUCAAUGGAGAGUCUUGGAGAGUCUUUUAAGGCUACAAAUGUCAGCAACUCAAACAUGAACAUAAGUGUCAGCUUUAGUGCUGGUUCUAUGGAUAGUCUGGAUUCCAGGGCUUGCAGCGAAGGAGGUCAGUCAUGUGAUGCAGUUACUUCACCAACUGUUACGUCUGGUGGUGAAAGAAAGCAUUUUGCCCAAGUUUCAUUCUCUGUGGACUCCGGAAUGGAAGAUCAGCAUGGACCUGGCCAGCCACCGCCACUACCAGUAAAGAAGUCUAUGAACAGGGCUGUGUCAGCUCCAGAUAACUCCGCAUGGGGAAGGGCUUUCCCAUCAAGAACAGGGAUUGGCCCAAAAAGUCCCGCACUCAAUUUAAGUCAGUCAGAAAACAAUGUUUGUGGAGAUGAUACUGUACUACGUAGCUAUCCUUUAAGUCCAGUUGACCGACAGGCCAUGUUUUCCUCCUCUGAGUCUUUAGAGACCUGCUGCAGAGCGACUAGUCAUAGAAAUGAGAUUAGGAGCAGGAAUUGUGUUCAAAGCAGAGGAACCCCAGCCCUAUCUAUUUCACAGCUAAGUGUGUCCAGUCAUGCUUCCUCUGCAUCGAGUCUGCAGCUCCAUCACCUUCUUAGCAAUAUAGACAGCAAAGAAGGCAUGUAUGCAAAGCUCAGUGGUCUUUAUGCACAGUCUACAAGGCGGCUGAUGAAGAAAUGUGAGGAUUACUUCAUGCGGGACCAAAAGAAGGAGCAACAUUUCAAUGAGAACAAUUGGUCACUCUUUAAGUUGACAAGCAACAAACCAUGCUGCAAUGCUGGGGAUGCAAUUUAUUACUGUGCAACGUGUGCCAAUGACCCUUCCAAUAACUAUGCAGUCAAGAUGUGCAGGGCAGAGGACACAAGAACUCCACAGUAUUGCAACCUGUCGCUUCCAGUCCACUUCAAUAUACAGCAAGACUGUGGCCAUUUUUUGGCCACUGUUCCUUCAAGUUUGCUACAUCCCUCGGAAAUAUCCAAAGGCUCUUCAACUACUGAAACAUCACAAGUGUCUGGGGUGUCAAAUGAGGAGGACUGUGUGGUGGUUAUCACUAGGGAGGUUCCUUACUGCACAGCUGCCUCCUUUGUCAGGGAAGCUGUAUCCACUCAUAAAACCCAGCCAGAGAUAUAUGAGCGCCAGGUUUGCCUUCUAUUACUACAGCUCUGCAAUGGCUUGGAGCACUUGAAGGAACAUGCCAUCAUCCACCGAGACCUCUGCUUGGAAAACCUGCUUCUGGUCCACUGCCAAACCACACCUGAUAAGAUUAAAGAUGGCAAGUAUAUUCCAAGACUUAUUGUGAGCAACUUUUCCAAAGCCAAGCUGAGGCCAGGCUCUGAGGACUCCAAACUCCGAAGAGAUAAAACCAGACUAGCACCUGAGAUUAUGGCCGCCUCCCAGUACAAAAAGUUUGAUGAGUUCCAGACAGGGAUACUUAUUUAUGAACUACUUCACCAACCCAACCCAUUUGAGGUCCGCACAAGCCUUCAUGAGCAUGAGUAUAGCCAGAAAGACCUUCCUCCACUUCCUGGCUUAUCCGUUUACUCUCGUGGGCUGCAGCAUCUUGCCCACUUGUUGUUGGAAGCCGAUCCAAUCAAACGUAUCCGCAUUUCUGAAGCAAAACGCAUUCUUCAGUGUCUGUUGUGGGGUCCAAGGAAAGACUUAACAGAUCAGCCGUUUAGCCAUGAGGAGGCUUUGCACUGUGCCCUGCAAAAUUGGAUUGAUAUGAAGCGAGCCCUUCUGAUGAUGAAGUUUGCAGAGCGGGCUCUGGAGCCCAAGUAUAACAUCUCUCUAGAGGAUUGGCUGUGCUGCCAAUACCUGGCGUCUGCAGAUCCAUGCUACCUUUAUAAAAUAUUGAAACUUAUCAAACUUAUUACGUGAUAACGGAAGCCACUUGAAAUCUGCCUGCAGAGAGGACUUGUAGAGUAUUUUAUGCUGCCCUUAAAAACAGGUAACAGUGGCCAUUUUAACUCGUAAUAAUGAGACCACAUGCAGCACCACUGGUGAUUUAAUAUUACGCCACUGAUUAAUUUGCCUAAAAUAAUUUCUACAAAUGAGCUUGUAAUAUCAAACAGGUUGUAUCUAUUGAACCUUCAUCUUUUUUCAGUUUUGUUAAAAGAAAAAAGUGUACACAGUUUGCUUCACAAAUUGUUACCAAUGUGGGAAAUGCUACAUGCAUUAUUUUAGAUGAAGUUGCGAAUUUACAAAGCUGUCAAUCAUUUGAACAUGUUGUUAGGGGUAAUAAUUAUGCAGCCAGUUAAUAUAUACUUAAAACUAAUAUAAACUGAUGUUUUGUUGUACUCAACUCCUAUAAAUUUUGUUUACAAUAAUUUCAUUAGAAGAACUUAGACCCCUUACCAAAAUACAUCCUUUUACUAGUGUGUUACACUAGGAAAAGCAUGAACCAGGAUGGCAAUAGACCCAAUCCCUCCGUACCAGAAAUUCUUGUGUUCAGAAGCAUUUGACACUGCUUUAUUUACUUGCAAGUUUGAAGGACUGUCACCGUAUAUCAAAAGCCGUUGCAUUUGACAUGCAGCCAGCAUCACUGGUGAUUUAAUUUCAUGCCAGUGGUUAAUUUGGGUGUAGUAGGGUAUGCUGGCGGCCGGGCUCCCGGCGGCCAGUAUACCUGCUCCGGAAUCCCGACCGCCGGCAUACCGACAGCUGGGCAAGCGCAAAUGAGCCUCUUGCGGGCUCGGUGGCGUGCUACGUGCGGCGCUCUAUCUAUUCUCCUCCAGGGGGGUCGUGGACCCCCCAAGAGGAAGAAAAGUGUCGGUAUGCCGGCUGUCGGGAUUCCGGCGCCGGUAUAUUGUGCGCCGGGAUCCCGACAGUCGGCAAACUGAAGACCACCCGGUUAAUUUGCCCUAAAGCAUCUCUACAUCUGGUGCCUGUAAUAUUUGUACAGGCUAUGUCAAUUAAAGCUUUAUCUUCUGUAAAUUUUAUUUAAAGAGGGGGAAAAAAAUGGUACACAGUUAUUUAAAUGUUAAAUCCUGACAUCCAUUGGCUAUUUUAUUUAAAUAUGUAAUUUUCCAGUCUGAUCCUUUACAGGAAUCCCAGCUAUAGUGAAGUACAUUAGUGUGAGAACAGAAUGAACUAUAAAACUUAUCCUUGGGGUCUAUAACUACUCCUACUCUGCACUUUCCCGCACAUUUUAUAUAAGCAUUUGCUGAGCUAAUCACCACUAACAAUAAUUGAAUAUUAUUGCGACAUUUCUGCAACUUCUUUUCUCUUUUUACUCUAUGCACACUGAAUAUCCUGUAUGUAAACCAGUAUAGGAAACCUUACAGAGCAUGAAAUGAUUGCUGCAAUUUAGUUAUAAUACUUUUAUUAUGUUUUCACUAUUUUGAGUGUGGUUCGUUAGAUCUACAGUAAUAAGAUACAGUCAAUAGGUCGACAUGCAAAAGGUCAAUGGGGUCAAAAGAUCAACACAAAAAUGGUAGACAGUAGAAAAGAUCGACAUAAAAAUAGUCGACAAGUUUUUUUGUGUGUCAUUUUUGAUGUUUCACCAUAUCUGAGCCAAAUUUGUCAAAAUGUGUACCCUUGUGGGCCCGCUUUGCUCGCCACGCUUCGGACAAGGUAACUAUUCCCAAUCCUAGUCAACGUGGAUGGUAAAUAAUGAAUACAUUGAACAAAUCUUUUUUUUUUUUUUUUUCAAUGGUGUCAACGAUGGUCAUGUCAACCUUUUUGAACCGGUUGCACUUUUAAGCACUGUUGAACUUUUGCCUGUCGACCAUUUGGGGUUGGCCAAUUGUCUAUCUUUUUACUGUAGAUCUAUUAACCGGAUAACCACUUUUUAGGGUGUUUGCAUCUCCACAGCCAAGUUUCCUUACCAUCUCCCUGUUGUAUACAUGCCUGCAGGAGAUUUAAAUAAAUGGCUGCUGCAUGUUGUAUAGCCCACACAGAACUUAAUAACUAUGUGUAUACACAAAGACAUAAGUAGCCAGGAUUGCUGCUAUAGUUUACACAUACCUACUGUUUCAUUAGCAAAGUAGUGGUAUAACUUACUUUAUACGCCAGCAUUUCUGUAUGAUAGAUGUAUAUUUGUUAUAUAAAAGUAUCAUGUAAUACAGGGGAUCCUAAUCACAUUGCAGUGCAAUGGUUUGUUAGCUUCAAAGUUUUUUUAUUGUUAUUUUUUUAUAUUGUUAACUUACAGCCAUUUCAUAUUCUAGAAGGAUAUUGAAAAUGUAAAUUUUAUGUUCUUUUGUUUUGUACAUAUGCUGUUUUAGGUUUACAGUAACAUUCAAAAAUAAUAAAAAGUAAAAUACA